CCGGACAACAUGUCGGCUUCCAUCCAAAGUAUAGUGGCAACUCCCUUGCAUGCUGUCGCCGAAUCCAAUAUUGCACUGGCCCAGUUAAACUUCGACUUCUCUUUGGUCAAAGUUGAAGCGCCCGUCGAGCUCCAACCACUCGGAAAGCAGCUCUCCAAGUCCCGACGGCAAUCCGCCGAAGACGGUUCGUUUCAUAUUCUUGCCCGGCGACUGGGUGUGUUAUUCGAUAAUGUUCUCCCAGAUGUACCGGCGCUCUUGGAGGCAUAUGGAACCCGCGCCAGUGAGAUUGUGCAGGAAACCACCCAUAAAGUACAAAGCCCGAAGGAUAUUGUUGAUGGGUUCUUCGGUUCCCAUAUAGGUAUCGAUUCCACUACCAUCUGGGCGAGUGCGACGAGUGGGAAGUCGGUGCUUCGCAUCCAUCUCCUUGCGUGCAUGCUGGCUCGCAUCUGGUCUCCCCAGGAGGCCACGGCGAUCUGGAGAGAACUGGUCACCCACCGCCAAGCGGUUAUUAGAAGCCAGGCCCAAUCACCCGAGAUCGUGGAUAACUACCUGGCUCAAUUGGCUGCCGCCCACGACAUUGACGGGCCGUCGCUAGGAAGCUGGGAUGCCAGUGCACGGGCGUGGUUACAAGUCGCGGAUCAGGCGCGGAAAAAGGAACAGAUCCAAAUACGCCUGAUUGUCAACAAUCUUUCAGUGGCAGUCAAAUCCCACGCAGCUUCGGAUCAUGGAACACCUCCGAAAUCGAAUUGUUAUGACAGCGUACUUCUCAAUCUGAAUCGCGCGUUGACUACAUUGGAGAAAUUGAUCAAGGGGGAGCCACAAAGGAUAACAGAUGGAGGGAUCCUUCUUGGCCUAACCUCGUGGCAUCUUUACCCCGACCUUGUUGUACUCGGCUCGACUACAAAGGAAAUCCGCCAAAAGGAUUACUUGGUCAAAGAGGGUGGGAUCGUCACAAUUUCCAUCGCAGCUCAAGCCAGCCCGAGCGCGGACGGGGUGUACUGGUCUUUGCCACUGGCAAGUCUUCGAUACUAUGGCACCGUUCAACGAGAACGCUCUACAAUGCAUGAUUCGAGAAUCUCAGUGGAGCAGCUACAGGCCCUAGCAUUGGGCGCUUCUUUGGGCUCUCCUGAUGUUCCAGUGACUGCUGCCAGGAUCCUCCGGUCGCUUUGGCAGCUUUUCCAUCAGAUAUAUCAAGCCAGAAUGUGUCAGCUUGCUGACAAGCCGCCAGAGCUCCCGGAGGACCUAUCUAGAUUCAGUGUGGUGGGUCUCAUAGAAGACACACCCGAGAUAUUCGAGGUUGUGAUCAAGUUAUUACAACUUCUCUUCCCACUCAGGGACGGGAUAGAUCUUCUACUUUCGGACGAUUCCAAUGAGAGAAAGACGGCAACGCAACUCAUGCGCUACGGUGCCAACUAUGGCAAAUUAUGGAUUGGAAACAAAAGCAACUCACCGUCUCUCUUCUUCGGCUUAGCAACCCUACGGAAUCUGCUUGGUAUGAUAAAAUACCCAGGUGCACGGGUUCGGAUCCUUCGCGAAUUAUGCGCCCAGUAUCAGCUCAAAUCACCCGACUAUGUAAUUCGCUUCCGAGCCCGGGACAACUCGUGGGCCUACGCACCCAUCGCGGCGGAACGUCUUGAGACCGUUCAUGGGGGUAUGAAAAGGAAACGGGACGAGUAUGAAUUGAUUGACAUGGAACCCGCUGAUCGCCUUGAUAUACCACCAGAAGAGAAUUGGAUUUGCAUUGCUACCUUGGCAGCAUCAAGUGGCCAUGGCUCACAGUCUUCCACAUCUCGUGUCUAUGGUGACAUCUUCGCCGAGCUCUUGGACGACAACACCCAUGAUGGCGAGUCGGUAUUCUUCGAUUUUGCUUUUGGGGACCAUAACCUUGCAGCCGUUUACAGAAGACAGACCAGUCAGCCUUCAGCCCAGAACAAGACAUUCUCGAGCACAGUUCCACUCGCAAUGGUGCAAGAACUUCUGGAUAAGAGCCUUUUGAGACUGGAUGGAGUGGCCCAGUGUCUUCUAGACCACUUUGAAUCCAUUCAGCCACUUCAUGGAGAUUCCCUUCUCGCCCUUGGACGUGUGGUAGACUACUACAAGCGCUACUUACCUCAGGCUACCGUGUCAAUGGGGGUAAUCAAAAGCUCUAUAAGGUCGUGGGCCUGGGUACAGUCAAUGGUCUCUGAACUCGAUCUGUCGGGCCCACUUGCCGAACAGCAUGCUCGUGAAGGAUUUGUAACUCAGACCGUUUAUCCGCAUCCCUUGUCUCGAGAACAUACAUUUGCAGCAAUUUUGCAAUUUGAAUCAGGAACAAUCAGUGUGGAUACUUCGGACCUUGCCGCAGUACUUGCGAUAUCGAGCGGGAACUCCCUAUUCAUCGCCGAACAACUUCUGCACGAUCCGACAUUUCAUGGAGGGACUUCAUGCUGCGCUGUCUCCCACGUCAUUGGGAACGUGGGUAAGCCAGGCGUUGCUCUCUUGGUUUCCCCCCCAGAGCUGGAAGUUCGGGAACAUGACCUUGAGCGGUGGCGUUUUGUUAAUCAUCAUCCAUUCAACGGAAGCCCUACCGGUGGAAUGUUUGAUGGCACUUCACUCCACUUGUCCUUUACUGGAUGGGAAGGGCCAGUUAGCUUAAACUCAUCCAGCUUUCGAAGCAUGGAGGCCUAUUAUCUGGAAACAACUGUGUCGGUUAAUGACGGUGGGGAGUGGGUGGGCGAUGUCGAUAUCCUAAAGGGGUUGAGAGAUGUCCAAAUGUUGGCCCAUCCCCUGUCAGACACAACAUGCUCCCAUGACCCUAGCUUUACAGCCGCGGGAGCAACAAUGAUUUCCAUUGACUGUUGGGAGGAGAUCCUUGAUCCUCCCAGUGGAAUCCUUGUGCUCCGCUCCACACCGGCCACGCCAGAUGGAUCUCGAAACUGGCAGUGGAUGGUCCGAUUAGCUGCAGUUAGCAUCGCAUCGUUGCGAAAGUACCAAUGCAUCUGCAUACCUUUGGAUAGAAUGGUGUGCUGGACCUGCGUAAUCAGCAGACUUGGUGUUGAUCGAGAGAGAACUCUUCUGGUUUAUUGAGUUGUGGAUUAGUCGACAACCCGUAGGACCCUACAUACCGUAUGUAGGAGCCGCCCUUUGAGGACAUUAAUCUAGUACACGUCUCCGCGAAUAUAAAGGGCCUUGAGUCUGGUCUGGAAUGGUUGUGACACAUAAUAGGGAAUCACCUUUUAAG